AUGUCCCCGUCGGUGCGAGAGUUCUACAAAGGGAAGUCCAUACUGAUAACGGGAGGCACCGGAUUCGUUGGAAAGGUCCUGUUAGAAAAGCUGCUGCGAGAUUGUUCCGAUGUGAAAGCGAUCUACGUGCUGAUGCGACAGAAGAAGGGUGUCCCUGGCGAGGAACGCCUCAAGGAACUGUGUAAUAAUAAGGUGUUUGAAUUGCUCCAUAAGAAGGACCCGUCGGUGUUCAGCAAGUUGAAGUUCCUGUCUGGCGAUAUCUUAGAGGAGGACCUGGGCCUCUCCAAUGAUGAUAAACAGGAGCUGCAGAGGAAUUGUCAGAUCAUUUUCCACAGUGCCGCUUGUGUACGAUUCGACCAGAAACUGAAGGACGCGGUGCACAUGAAUACGACGGGAACCCUUCGCUUGCUGAACCUCGCCGAGACCAUGGAAAGUCUUGAGGCUUUCGUACACCUAUCGACGGCGUACUGCAGAUGCGACCUGGCCGAGCUGGACGAGAAGUUGUACCCAGCCGUGCACAAGCCCCGCAAGAUCAUCGACAUCGUCGACUGGAUGGAUGACCCAACUCUCGCCCACCUGGAACCCAAAUUAAUAGAAUCGGAGCCAAACACAUACUCGUACACCAAAGCCAUAACGGAGGACCUCGUAGCGGAGUAUGGUGGGAAGUUUCCGAUUGCGAUAGCCAGGCCAUCCAUCGUGACAUCAGCGUGGAAAGAGCCCUUCCCGGGAUGGGUGGAUAACCUGAACGGACCCACAGGUCUGCUUAUAGGCAGCGGCAAAGGUGUGAUCCGGAGUAUGCACUGCGAGCCUUCCUAUACGGCAGACGCGAUUCCUGUAGACGUGGUGGCCAAUGGCUGCAUCCUGAUAGCAUACGCCACCGCUCUCGACAAAGCGAAGGAGGCGCAAUUUUUCAAUAUGACCCUGUCCGGAGUUCAAAAGAUAACGUGGAAGGAAGUAAUAGAGACCGGUGAGAAGUGGGUGAACACUUACCCGUUUCUGAUAGCACUAUGGUACCCCGGAGGCACCAUUAAGUCAUACUGGUUGACGCACCAACUAGCCGUGAUCUUCUUCCACAUUAUUCCCGCCUACGUCUGCGACGCGCUGCUCUUCCUCCUCGGCAAAAAGACUUUUAUGGUUAACGUUCAGAAGAGGAUCAGCCACGGCCUGGGCGUGCUUCAGUAUUACACGACCAAAGAGUGGCAUUUCAAGAACACACGCUUCCUCUCGCUCAUGAGUCGGGUGAGUGAGGAGGAGAGGGAGGCCUUUUACAUAGAUGUCAGCAAAUUGGACAGGGAGGAAUACCUCAAGGACUACGUGCUCGGUGCGAGACACUACGUCUGCAAGGAGGACCCCAGCUCUCUUCCCAGGGCGAGGAAGUUACAUAAAAUUCGAUACGUCGUGGACAUCAUAAUGAAACUCUUGCUGGCAUCUCUCUUCGUCUACUUCAUCUACGGUCGAAUGGAAUACUUCGCGUCUCUGUUUUCGUACGCGGACUCUACCGUGAGAUCGCUCUUAUAG